AUGGCGAACUGCCCCGGCGCUGGCCAGUUCCCUCCACCGCCGUCUCCUCCACUUCCAGUCCCGGAUUCGCAGGUCGACAUCGACCCCGCCGCCCGGGAUGAGCGGCGGCGGCGAGGGACGCCGCUUUGGCCUGGCUCUCGUCAGCAGCGGCGGGAGGUACUCGAGGAGGAGGCCCGCCAGCGGCGUGAGGCGGCGCACGCGGCGAAUCUAGCGGCGUUCUACGCCCCUGCCCCCGCAGCUGACGAGGCCGCGGCGGCAGCAGCGUGGCACGAGAAGGCGACGGCGGACACCAAUGCGGUGUUCGACGCCUCGACGGCAGAAGAGGCGCGACGGCGCCGGACGGAGGAGAUGGAUCAGCGGUGGGCUGAUGAGCUCCGCCGCCAGCAGGAGGAGCGGGACACGCUGUACCGUGAACGGCGGGAGGAGAUCGAGCGCCGGCGGCGGGACUCGAUCGAGCGCCAGCAGCAUCUAGCGGCAGAGGAGCGUCAGCAGCGGGAGGCGGCGCUGGCGGCAACGGAGGCGGCCUGGGCGAGGCGGGCGGACGAGUAUGUGCCAAUCAUAAGCAGCGACCGAUUCAGCCAGACAAUCGCACGCUCCAAUGGAACAAAACCAGUCACUGCAACUAAGCUUUCAACAGGAUAA